AUUCUCUGCUCGACCACAGGGGGCGAUCUCUCCCGGUCUGUGUUCCCUGAAGUUUUACAGAAACCUCUGACGUGUCGAAUAAUCGCCAUUUUCCUGUAAAGGAGGAAACGCCUUACGGGAAGAAAACGUAUCAAGCGAGUCUGGGAGAGUUUAUUGCACCGUUUUUGUCCUGAAGUGCUUUUCCCAUCACCUGCAGCCAUGGGGAAUAUGUUCGCAGGGCUCUUUAAAAUGUUUGGGAAGAAGGAGAUGAGGAUACUGAUGGUGGGCUUGGACGCUGCAGGAAAGACGACAAUUUUGUACAAGCUGAAACUUGGAGAGAUCGUGACCACCAUCCCGACGAUAGGUUUCAACGUAGAGACAGUAGAGUAUAAGAACAUCAGUUUCACAGUAUGGGACGUCGGCGGUCAAGACAAAAUCCGACCGCUUUGGCGCCACUACUUUCAGAACACGCAGGGUCUGAUCUUUGUCGUGGACAGCAAUGACAGGGAGCGAUGUGCCGAGGCCAGGGAAGAGCUCUUGAGGAUGUUGGCAGAAGACGAGCUGCGCGAUGCCGUGCUUUUACUGUUCGCCAACAAACAAGACCUUCCAAAUGCCAUGAAUGCUGCAGAGCUGACAGACAAGCUGAACCUUCACUCCCUGCGUAACAGAAACUGGUACAUCCAGGCAACCUGUGCCACAACCGGAGACGGUCUCUAUGAAGGACUUGAUUGGCUGUCUAAUCAGCUCAAGAACCAUUAAUGGCUAACAUAUUUAAAGAAAAUACUCUGCUCCACUCAUUCCCUCAUGUUUUUUUAUUUUUUUUUCUCACCUAAGUAAAACUGCCAUACUGGAAACCGUCCCCUGCUCAGCUUUUACGUCAUACCAACACAGGCCACUUGUGGGGCUGUUCUAAUCUUGUAAAGCGUUUCUUAGUGCGCUUUCUUAUUUUAUGUUAAUGUAAAUAACUUUGAUUAUAGGGAUUAACGCAUCAUGUGACUCUUCUUGGCUGUCGGGUGGCUAUUACUUUGAAGAGGAAAUUGAGGGAAGAAAUUUACCCCGGAACAUUUUGGCCCCAGAAACUCAGCAAUCAACUGACCGUCUUGGUUAUAUACUGUAAGGGGGAGGUGAGAGGGUGGGGGGGGGAUUUACUGAUGCACUACUUGAAGCUGCUGCAGUAACUGAUUUAAAAUGUUGAACACUGGUAUUGACUAUUUGUACUGACAUCACUCUCGUCUGUGAAUGCUCACCAGCCUUUUGUAUAACAUUUUGAUGGAAACUAAAAAAAAUAAAAAAAAUACUGCAGUGAUGGCACACUAUCCGUACACGUCAGGAGGGCACCGGGUCGGUUUAGAUUUUUCUAUUAGAGUCUCAGGUUGAUCAAAUGUAGCUUUCAGAGCAAGCGUGUCUACUGGGUGUUUACAUCGUUACCCCGAGGUGAAACUCUAUGCUAAGUGAGUACUUAUUCCCCUAACGCUAUAAUCGUUUAUUUGUGAGUGUGCUAUGUGGAAUAUGUUCAGCGGUUUGGUGCCAUAGUUAACGGUUCGAGGCAGCUGGUCGCCUGCUUGAUUCUGCUUGGUGUGGGGAAAUAGCAUUUUUGAAAGCAAUACCAAAAUCAGCUGCAUCAAAGUGCCACCAUCUUUGAUGUAAACAAAAAAAAAAAAAAGCCAAACAAAUGCCUAUAUUUUUCCAAGAUUUAUCUAAACAACAAUUGUUGGCGUUACUUAAUGUUGUCGGUGCAUUAUAUAUAUUUUUGAUUUACAAUUGCCUAAAUGUUCUAAUGUUGCAAUAAGUUUGUCGAUGUUUUCUUAAAAGGAAUUGUGGAUGGGAUUGGGGGAUGAACUGCUAUUAAAGUGACUGGAAACAA